AGGGGUAUUCUCCGCUGCUGUUACACCGCAGCUUCGUUUCAGCAUCAGCGUCAGCUUUGACCUCUUUGAGAGAAGCUCGUCUGUGAGUGUGUGUGUGAUUCUUCACUGGGGCAUUGAAGCAGGCAAGCUGCACUGCCAUGUGUGGGUGUAGUGUGCGUGGCAUUGCCCAUUUUGUUUUCCCCCUUUCUUACACAUUUGUGCCGUAGAGACUGAUCACGACGUAUUCUAGCGAAAUAGCUCCCUUGCGAAGAUGCUGCGCCGCUGCCGUAUCUUUGGCUUCCGCAUGAAGAGCGGCAACAUGCACGUGGACUACAAAAUAACCUCCCGCAACCACCGCCGUUCCAUUCGCGUCGAGGACGCCCUCGUAGACCCGCUGCUGCCGACCACAGUGGUGCCGCUCGAGUGGCUGGAGCAGCUCCGCGCACCCUCCACCCGCCUCCUCACCGGUUACCACACUGAGGAGGCGACGUACGCCACGCCGCGCUACGGCGACCACACCUCGAGCAGUACGAAGAAACUCACAUCUUCCUCCUCUUCUUCUCCAGCAGGGAAAGCUGCCGAGACGCCGUCCGGACACCCCAACGCGAUUCGAGCAGGGCCGGUGGUGCUGUACAUCACCGGACAAAGCGUACCCGUCGUGCUGAACCCGCUGUUUGUGUCGGCGGAGGAGUGGGGCCUGACACAACCCAACGGCGAGGUGGACCUCCGCCUUGGCAUGGACGCGAUCGAGCAGUGUCAGCUGUACGCGGAGCUGCGACCGGGUGGUCUGCUGUACGCGAAGUUACCGCACCACAGCCUCGCCGCGGCGAUGGAGCCGGUGCAGGACACACUGAAGCGGUACGGCAUGCAGUGCGGCCUGGCGGAGUCCCCGCUGGUGCCGCGGCCGUGGACGCGCAUGCGCUACAUGUUCAUUGACGAGCUGCAGCGUGGCCCGAAGAUGACGGAGUUCGUCGGCUUUAAUCCACGCAACGGCACCCCGUGGCGCUUCUCGCAGCACACCAAGUACUUCCGCACGGGUAUCUGGCGCGAGAUCAUCCGCCGCAACGAGAUGAACGACGGCCUGCAAGCGCACAGUAGUUGGCAGAAGUCGCCGCAGCAGGCGGUGCCAGACGUCAGCUUUUUGGCUCCUUACCCGUAG